UUUGCCAUGUGGGUGGACGCUGUCAUAUUUGUCUUCAGCUUGGAGGAUGAAAUCAGCUUCCAGACAGUUUACCACUACUACAGUCGGAUGGCCAGCUACCGGAGCACGAGCGAGAUCCCGCUGGUGCUGGUGGGAACCCAGGACGCCAUCAGUUCCACCAACCCGCGGGUCAUCGACGACUCCCGGGCACGGAAGCUCUCCAGCGACCUGAAGCGGUGCACAUACUACGAGACGUGUGCCACGUACGGCCUGAACGUGGAGAGGGUCUUUCAGGACGUUGCCCAGAAGAUUGUCGCCACAAGGAAGAAGCAGCAGCUGUCCAUAGGGCCCUGCAAGUCGCUCCCCAACUCCCCGAGCCACUCCUCCGUCUGCUCCGCGCAGGUGUCCGCCGUGCACAUCAGCCAGACAAGUAACGGAGGCGGGAGUUUGAGCGACUAUUCCUCCUCCGUCCCAUCGACCCCCAGCACCAGCCAGAAGGAGCUGCGGAUCGACGUCCCGCCCACUGCCAACACCCCGACGCCCGUCCGGAAGCAGUCCAAGCGCCGGUCCAACCUUUUCACCUCUCGGAAAGGGAGUGACCCGGACAAAGAGAAGAAAGGCCUGGAGAGUCGUGCGGACAGCAUCGGGAGCGGCCGAGCCAUCCCAAUUAAACAGGGCAUGUUGCUGAAGCGAAGCGGCAAAUCGUUGAACAAAGAGUGGAAGAAGAAGUACGUCACCCUGUGCGACAACGGCGUGCUCACCUAUCACCCCAGUCUGCACGAUUACAUGCAGAACGUUCACGGGAAAGAGAUCGACCUUCUGAGAACCACUGUGAAGGUCCCCGGGAAGAGGCCCCCCCGCGCCACGUCGGCCUGCGCACCCAUCUCCAGCCCCAAAACCAACGGCCUGUCCAAGGACAUGAGCAGUUUACACAUCUCACCCAAUUCAGACACGGGGCUGGGCGACUCCGUGUGCUCCAGCCCAAGCAUGUCCAGCACCACCAGCCCCAAGCUCGACCCGCCCCCCUCCCCCCACGCCAACAGAAAGAAGCACCGAAGGAAGAAAAGCACCAGCAACUUCAAAGCCGACGGCCUGUCAGGCACUGCUGAAGCCAAACGCAAAGCAUGGAAACUAAACCGUGUUGGUAGCCUGCGAAAUAUAUACAGCAGCAGCAGCACCAACACUGAAGAGCAAGAAGAAAACUUUGAGUUUAUCAUUGUGUCCCUCACUGGCCAGACGUGGCACUUUGAAGCCACCACGUAUGAAGAGAGAGACGCGUGGGUCCAAGCCAUCGAGAGCCAGAUCCUUGCCAGCUUGCAGUCAUGUGAGAGCAGCAAGAAUAAGUCCCGGCUGACGAGCCAGAGUGAGGCCAUGGCCUUGCAGUCGAUACGAAACAUCCGAGGGAAUUCGCACUGUGUGGACUGCGAGACCCAGAACCCUAACUGGGCCAGCUUGAACCUGGGAGCCCUCAUGUGCAUCGAGUGCUCAGGGAUCCACCGGAACCUCGGUACCCACCUCUCGCGAGUUCGAUCUCUGGACCUGGACGACUGGCCCAUCGAGCUCAUCAAGGUGAUGUCAUCCAUUGGGAACGAGCUGGCCAACAGCGUCUGGGAAGAGAAUAGCCAGGGGCGGACGAAGCCCUCGCUGGACUCCACAAGGGAAGAGAAGGAGCGGUGGAUCCGGGCCAAGUAUGAACAGAAGCUCUUCCUGGCCCCGCUGCCCUGCACCGAGCUGUCCCUGGGCCAGCACCUGCUGCGGGCCACGGCCGACGAAGACCUGCGGGCGGUCAUCCUGCUGCUGGCACACGGCUCCCGGGACGAGGUGAACGAGACCUGCGGGGAAGGCGACGGCCGCACGGCGCUGCACCUGGCCUGCCGGAAGGGGAACGUGGUCCUGGCGCAGCUCCUGAUCUGGUACGGGGUGGACGUCAUGGCCCGCGACGCACACGGGAACACGGCGCUGGCCUAUGCCCGGCAGGCCUCCAGCCAGGAGUGCAUCGAGGUCCUGCUGCAGUACGGCUGCCCCGACGAGCGCUUCGUGCUCAUGGCCACCCCCAACCUGUCCCGGAAGAGCAAUAACCGGAACAGCGGCAGCGGGCGGGUGCCCACCAUCAUCUGAGGGGCGUCGGCGCCCCCCGCCCGCCACCCCUCCCUCUUCCUGGUGGUCACCUGCCACCCACCCGCCCUCCCUCACCCGCAGUGAAAUCACAGAACCUGGACAGCCCUCACGGAGGCGAAGACGAGGCCCGGAGGCUGCAGGAUCGAUCGUUUCCAUGAACUCCCCCACUCGACAGUAGGAGCGACCGGCUGGCCUCGGUCGGUUGAUGAUAGCACACGGCGCGGGACCCCGGUCCCGUGGCCUAGAGACAGAGCUGGGCACAAGGGGCAGGGAUGGGCAGAGGGGGAGGGGAGGCAGCAGCAGGAGACGGGAACUCUCCUUAACUGGCGGUUAAGCACAUCAGUACAUUUCACCUCUACCGAACGGAACACUUGCAUCUAUCUCAUCUCUUCUCCGAGGAGCUUGACGGCAUAAAUCAGGAGCAAGCCGAGUUUGUCAGGUCUGAAGCCCCUAUGAUGGUAUGUGUCAAAUCAGUUGUAGCUAAUCUGUCCCGGGAGAAUGCUGGCUUCAUUACACUUGUAUAGUUGAGUUCUUGCAGCAUUACCGCUGUUUAAUAGAACAUGAUUAGUCAUCACCGGGAAGAAAGCAUAUUAGCCGAGGAGGCAGUUACGCAGCACGCUCCGGUGAUUGCCGCGAUGUGAUUGCAAUACUCUUAGAAGCAUCAUAUUAUCCCAGACAUGUUCUUCCGAGCCCUUGGAGCCCUCCUUUCUAAAUUCACUGUCAUAAUUUAGUAUAUGUUUAAUUUUUCAGUCCAAAGAGAGGAAAUCAGUUGCUGAGUUGUAUUUGACUGCAGUCUCCUUGGUGCAAAAACAAAAUGGGAAAAAUAAAUAAGAGCAACUCAGAAAUUCUGGAGGAAAUCACGAAUUUCAGCCGACAGUGACAUGCCGGGUGCAUUUAGGAAGCCGGGUAAAUGCAUAAAAAGCUACGCGCCCCCCACCCCCCGAACAGGAGAGAGAUUUUAUGUCCUUUUGCCAAGGUGGACGUCUGGGUCCCAGUCACUCCCGGGCCACGUUGCCCAAGUCGCACAGGCUCCCGCGUUGUGUCUUCAGAUGAGAUGUGUGGAAAUGUAUUGGAAUAAAAGAAGUUCAUAAAUAUGCAUUGAUUUUUGUACAGACGAAUGGCACCUCUGUUAAUUUAUAAAUGGAACUGGAUGUGAACUAAUAAUGUGCAACUAGUUGAGAUAAGCGGGUUACAGAUCAUUGUACAUGGAGAGUGUUCGCAGCGGUAAACACUUCCAUUAACGUGAUAUACAGCUUUGAAAAGGGGGCGCAUCAGAAUAAGAUGGUAGUGCAAUUUGCUUAUUAAAAUCGAGAAAGAGAGAAAAAAAAAAAAGGCCCAAGCCUAUUAGAGAGCGGGGAGGGGGCAUGUGAGCCCUCACUGUGGGAAGCAUGACUUAGAUCUGAGACCGCUUUUGCUGGCCAGGGGGAGGGGCUCUGCCAGGCAGGGCACGAUUUCCCAAAUGCCAGACCCGGUGCUUGGCAGUGGUAGACGGGGACCCCCACCGAUGGUUCUGUGGCACAGACCGGCCCACAAGAAUCCCUAAGGCUGACUUGGUGGCCAGGCCGUCCAUUUCAGUAUGGCCCCUGAGUGUCAUCAUGGGAUCAGGCUGCUUCAGGCUUCAGCCACCUCCAGCAUGGUGGCUAAACACAGUAAUGCAAAUCUGGACACCCUGGGUUAAAAAGGAAAGGGGCGGGGUGUGCCCGGAGUCCAGGGGCAGUGUGGCAGGGGAAGAGGGUUGGCGCGUGGCAGGGGACACGGGCUGACCUGGCCCAGGACCACAGGACCACGUUCGCCCGGCAGCCUCAGGACAUUCCUUGCUCUCCUAUAUUAAAUCUUCUAUUUUGUAAGAGUUUUUCCUCUUCUUUCACUUUUUUUUAAAAAAAAUUAAAGUAGGUGGGAAUAAAUAAAGCUUUAUACAGAAGUUAUAUGGAGGCCAGUGUUCCGUGGGCACCUGUAAGCUCCCUUCAGCUCCGGGGAACGUGGCCGUUUCCACAAAGGCCAGGUGCAGACAGCAGGCCCGGGGUCCCUCCGCCGAGUUCAGGGCUGUGCGCCGCCGCUGUGCGGUGGUGGUAAACGCGAAUAGGAAGAAAAGUCCUUGCCUGUUUUUGAAGAAGCGGCACUGUCCUAGCCCAGCUCCACACAUUAGCCUCCACGCAGCCGCUAGCACAGACUGUAUGUAGUGAGCACAGAUAGAGUAUAAAUGAAAUUCUUAAGUUAUUUCAUCGUAGUGAGUCCCCACUGUAGGGAUGCUUUAUCACAGUGAAGCCUUCUGAAAGGAAAGGGGAUUCCUCGUCAGGCUUCUCUUGGGAUGUAUAUGAGUAUGUACAUAUGAUUAUAUGUGUUUAUAAUAUAAUAUUUUCCCAAAUGACUUGUUUUUUCACAGCCUUUCACGGCCCGAAUGCUAGAUUGGUUCUCCCCCUUCCCUCCCUCCAGCACGGGGACCUCACGGUUCCUCCUGGGAAAACUCCGCCCCUCUUCUGCUCUUUUCGACGACGGUGGUGGCUCCAGGGGGCAGCCUGCUUUCUUGAGUUUGGGCAACAGAGGAAAGGCAUCCGUGGGUCCCCAGGGUUUUGUUUCCCGGCCCAGGUGACGGGUAGCUAAUGUUUGUAUCUCGGUGUCAGACUAGAAGCCCUUUGCCGACAGCGCUGUCGACCCGGCUGAGAGCCUCACUAACCCCCGGGCUGGGCAGCAAGGACCAGGCUGGUGUCAGGAAGAACCAGUUUGGGACGGGGCCUGAGUUUGCAUUGUUUGUGUCCUUGUGCGUCCUAUGAAGUGACGGUGCCGUGAGAACCCACACGCCCUUCCUGCUCAGAAUUCACGUUUUCCCUUGGAGGAGAAACCGCCGCUGGAGAAGGGCAGGUGGUCGCUCGUGAGGGUGGCCGCGGUGGCCUCGCUGGGUUCCUUUCGCGGCGAAGAAAACCCCGCAGAGGAAGUAGCCUUGAUUCUGACCCGGCGUGGGUGAGCCUUGAGGACCAGGGUGGACAGACGGUUUCCGAAGCCCAGAACCCUAGUCGUGGUCCCCUGUCCCUUUGAUUUCCUGUCCUCCCGGGAGGUGAGCAGCCUGAGGGUGAGUGAGUGACAUGCUCACGGGUCCUCGGUGCCCCGGCAGGUGCAGUUUCCUGUCGUCUGGUGAGCACACACUGUGUGUGAUUAUCCCCGACAGCGGUGACGGCGACAGGUGCUUGCUGGUCACGGGGCUGCAGGGCCCAGAGAGGGCAGCUCUUACUGACCUGGAGUCCCAGGUCAGCACCUCCCUGCGGGGCCGUGAGUCGGGCGGUGCAGGGCCUCCGCUCCUUCCGCCCCUCUCCUGACGUCUCGUCUGGCCUGAGGAGUCCACUUGGACCGGCCUCUGCCAUCCAGCGUAGCCCCGUCUGUCCCAGUUUACAGAGUCCUCACAUAUUCAGGGUCAGUCCCCACAUGUGCAAAGAAGCCGUCACUGACCCCAUAAGGGAAAACACGGCCCAGCGAGACAGCCAGCCCAGGGUCAGGCCAACCGGGGUCACCGCUUCCUGUCACACCUGUGCCGCCUCGGGCGCGCCUCCAGCUUUUCGCACUCUUUCCUCAUCUGGCACUGGGUGGCCUUGCAGGGUGUGGUGACAUGUCAGACCAGCGUGGUGAAUGGGAGCCCGAUGCCCAGCCAGGGGUUGGAUGCUCAGAGAUGGGUGUGUUUAGUAAGAACUGAGAGGUGGGUAGGACCAAAGCCAGAGCACAGGCCCGGAGAGCUGCCCGAGCUGGCGCCGUGUCCUUGGGAGCUGGUGACGCACCUGUACCCCCCUCCGUGUGAGCCUCUGACCCUCUCUCUGCUGAGCCUGUUGCUGCUCAGAGGCCCCUGCCCCCGAAGGCCCUCUCCCCAGGGGGAUGAGCCCAAACUGCCCAGUUACUAUCUCGGCAGCCCCACUUACCAAAUUGUACCCUCCGUCUCUUCAGUCCGAGAUUGAUCUUCCAGAGGCAAAGCAAGGGUGGAGCCUUACCCUGUGCCACUCGUAAUGUUGCCUUAGGCCCAAGAUGACCCCCUGUCCCCUGCUCCCCGUUGUGUGGCUGGCGUGGACAGGCCCCUCCCUUCAGAUGCCACCUCUGGGCGCCGGGAGGCUGCUGUGUCACACUCCUGUGUGGUCCUCGUUUCCGGGUCCUUCUACCUCCUCUGAACGUCGGGGUCUGCGGAGGGCACCCUGGCUGGUGUGGCUCUGGGUGCUGCCGCCCUCACUGUCUCCUCUCCCUCCCUGGGCAUCACCUCUGGGGCUGCCUUCCCAUUGUUCACUUGUCUUGUGCCUGCACCUGGCGGUCGCAUCUUCCCCCUCGAGUUGCCAACGGGUCCUGUCCAUCCCCCCUCCCAGCUUCGCUCAUGGAUUGACAUGGGUCCCCAUGGCUCCAACUCUGCCAGCCCUUUCUCCUUGCAUUUAGAAUGUUCUGGAAACCAGGAGGACAUCCACAUUCCCGCCUAGGGAGGCUCAGAAGCCUGGCAACAUGUAGCUGCUCUAAGAGUGUGGUGAAGUCCCAGACACUUCUCAAAAGGCAGAAUCGGAAGCAGAUCCGUUACUCCAUGGGCUGCUUCCCGCCCCCACCUCUGCUCGCGCGCUCUCUCUCUCUCUCUCUCUCUCUCUCUCUCUCUCUCUCUCACACACACACACACACACACACACACACACACACACGCCCGCAAGGCCGGUGCGACUUUCCUAGAACUCCCCUGGGUUGUACUUAUGUCCUUCAAGCACACACAUUGAAAAGCAGCUGGGAGGGAAUUCAGCUAGAAUGUGCGGAAGAUGCACAUCUUCCUUCCGCAGGAAUUAGUUUAUUUCUGACCCUCCUCCAGCGUGGGCGGGCUUCGCACCUUGUGGGCCGUGUGUCCGAGUGAUUUUCACCCCCAUCCUUCACCAAAAAGCCAAAUAAGGGCCUUUGGCACAAGACUUGCAUUUUUGCCCUCGGCCAUUAUCGCCAUGUCUUUCUCAUCUCGAUUCCCUCGUGCUCUCUGCGGGAAGCUGUGGUUAGUGAGUCUGGUGUGGGCCACACCCCAGGGCGGCCAGGCCAGGGCCCAGGUGUGCUGCUCCUGGGCGGGACCAGCCACCCGCCUGGCCUGCCGAGAGGCGGGUCUGCCCCCUCCGCCCCGUGUCCUACUGCACUGGGGGGCCCGCCUUUUAGUCCAUGUGUCCGAUUCCUUCCCAGAGAGAACGGGGAGCCCUGGGGGUGACGCAGACAUCACUGCCAGGAAGCAGGCACUGAGCCCGGGGCGCCGCCACCUCCGUCACUGCAGACGGUGCAGGGUCAGCGCAGCCUGUUAGACCCCUCACCUCUCCCCUCACGAGGAGAAAGCAACAAUUUACACAUUAUUAUUUCAACAACACGUGUUCUUCCCCUUAGAGAAGAAAUGCUGUCCUUCAACCAUUUUUUAAACAAGAUCAAUGGAUUCCCUCUUUAAUUUUGGAAGUCUGCUGCUUUUUUAAAAAAGACAGAUUGACACUUUUUUUCCAGUUUUGGUUUUUCAGUUUGGGUCCAAGUUAAAAUUAAGGGACGUUUCAUCAGUAGAGGAUUCUGUGAAACCAAAAUGUCUGUCUGUAAUCCGGGAUUUUUAGAUCUCCCAGGUCCUAGAAGAAUUUCAGUUCCACCAGCGACCGUAGAUUUGAAAACCUCUCCCCACCUCGCUUCCGUUAGGAGCUGCUCGUUUGCUCUCAAAUGGCAGCAUUUGGUUCUGGGGGUUUGCCUGGUGGGUAAAUGCUCUUUUGUGAGGCCUUCCUCCCAUCAAAGGGCUUUGGUGCCAGGCGUGGGCAGGUCGGGCAGGUGUGUCCCACAGAGCCCGGCGUGGCACUGGGGCUGCGGGUGUCGGGAGGCGCUGCCUGGUGAGACAGACAGACAUGGGCCUCCAGGCAGGUGUGUGUGCAAGCGAGAUGCCUUGUGAGUGUGCGAGGGGUUGGCUCAGGACUGGUUUUUCCUUGUGACCUGGCAUGUGGCACCUCCGGGGAGUGGAGAUAAGCCAUGUGCGCGGACAGAUCUGGAGUUCUGUCAGUGGGAGGUGUAGGGCCUUUGUCUCGAGAUGCAGGUGAAAGAAAGGAACCAAACCAGGUGUUGGGGACUCUCCCAGGGGAACAGGCCCCCUUAACACCCCAGCUGUCGGAACAGCUGCCUCGAAUCAAACUGCCCUCACCUCCCCGAGCCAGUCGGUGAGCACAGCGGCUGGAAGCUGGUGUCUGAGCUGGUUCCAGAACUCUUGUAAAAGGAGCUCACACGCCCUGGAAGCUCACUCCGUGAGUGGUGGUUCUUGUAAAUUAAAGGAGUUUGGGCGCAGUGUGGACUUCCUGGAUCUACCCCCCCACCCCCCGUCCUCACACCUGUGUGUAGAAAUCCCGAGUGAUGGGCUCCCCACCUGACAUUCCAGAGUCGCCGGGCGCUGUCUGUCCGGCCUGGGUCCUUGGGAGUGGGUGGUCAGAGGAUGGGUCCAGGGUGGGUGACCUGUGGCCAGACUGGGAUCCAGCUCCCCGUGAGCACACCCUGCACCUCCCGGCCCCACCCCUGGGGUCCCGGCAGCCUUCUCCCCGCUGACUUGGGGUGCACAGGCGGGCUGGAGUGAGGAUUGGGGCCGUUCCCGUCGACAGACAGCGGUACGUUAGGAACUGCUCUAGCACAGGCCACGCGUCUCAAUGUGAGAAACGAUGCCUCCGGGACCGUGAAAAGCAUCCCAGUUUCCCUCCCCGCCCGGGUUUUUGUGUCUAAUACGUAUCAAGUUCUGGAGGUUGCGACCCGGUCCGGCCUGGGCACCUGCAUGCUGAGGAGGGUGCCGUGUGCACUCGAUCCGAGGGCACGGGCUGGCUGCCCCGGAAAGGGCCGGAGGAGUGGGCCACGCCGGCCACAAACACACCACGUGGCUGCGGGGAGGGGCCUCCGGGCCCAGACAGCCCCCACCCUGCUGCCCGGGACUCUGCACUGGGUCCUCCUCCGGCCACAGGUGUGUUUCUGGACCAGCAGGUGCAGGUGACAACCGAGAGGCGGCCUGGGAGGGAGCGGGGCCGGGAGCACGCGUUCCUGUUUCUGUAAAUAACGUGUAUAGGAAGCGGAGGAGCAGCCUGGGGUCGCCGGGGUGGCUGUCUUCUUGGUUUGGGUUGUUUUUAUAUUACCUCAUUCAGCAAGUUUAUGUUUCACAAUGACUCAAUGACGCUUUAUUUAUAUUGUUUGUACUGUAAUUAAAACCAUCGACAGACAUUUCAUUUUGCUUGUUGCUCCAUAUGAUCUUGUUUUGAUUAAAUAUGCCAGUUUGUAUUUUCCUGCCUUGGGAUUUCUGUGUCAGCUGUACAGUAUUCUAAGGGGAAAACAGAGAAAAAGACAAAAGUGUAAAGUAUGGAAGAGGUGGCUAGAGUAGAGGCCUCUUUCUAAUAAAGAAAGACUAUGGCU